AUGGCGCCAAUCUUCAAACUUCUCGCUUUUCUCAACCUGUCACUCUAUGCCGCAGCUCAGGGCACUCAGUUCAUUACAGGCGAGUGUGCAUCAGAUGCCGAAUGUGCCUCAGGCUGCUGCGGCUUCACAUCAGCAAAGUGUGCGGCACCAUUUGUAGCGAACGAACGUGGAGAGGGAUGUGGUUUUGGCGACGCGCAACCAAAUAACAAUGCUUUGAACGGCGCAAGUGGCAAUGCCAGUGCCGAUGCGCAACCAGAUGCAGCUGCGCCUGCUACACCUCCUGCCAACAGUGACGCUGGAGCUGGAGCUGGAGCCGCAGCGGGAGCCGGCACGCAGUUCAUCACUGGUGCUUGUACAUCAGACGCAGAUUGUGCUUCGGCUUGUUGUGGAUUCAAGAGUGGAAAAUGCGCAGGUCCGGUUGUUGCUCAAGAGCGAGAUGGAGGAUGUGGGUUUGGGGAUGCACAGCCCAACGAUAACGCAGCGAAGGCAUUGCAGGGACGGAGAUUGGGGAGGAGAGGUGCUGCAUACAUGUGA